AAAGCCACACCAUAUGUGUAAAACGUAAAACUGGGGUAGUAAACUUGUAAACCAUCAUAAUAUUUGCCAGAAAACGAAGCAUAUACUUACGUCGUGUCCCCAGCGAUUGUUUCAGUUUAGUUUUCCUAGAAGGCGAAGAUAAUGCCUAAAGCAGCUAAACUGAAGGUCAGUGAAAAAGUCAUCCAUCCAAAGUCUAGGAAAGCGGCGCAAAUGAUUCGUAAUGCUCAACGAAAGGAUAAAUUAGAAAGGAAAAAGUCUGAAAAGAAAGCUGCACAGCAGAACUUGGCUGAUAAAAUAAAGUGGUUUAAUGAACAUAUGAAUAAGAAUGCCAAAAGUUGUUCCAUUAAUGAUGUUCACAAUUUAAUUUUCUUGUAUUUCAAGAGAUUUGAUGAGGAACUGGAACAACUGAGGAUUGGCAAAGAUUUUAAAAACAGACAAGUCAUUACUGGCAGUAAAUUUUCACGGGAAAAUCACAUCAAGCUUGUGUUGGAAAAAGAGCAACAAAUAUAUACAUCAAGUGGACUUGAAAUCCCUGACCUGACAUCCUGUGCAAAUGUUGAAAUAUUAAGAGCUUGGAAUGGAAGUUUGGAUUAUAUACCAAAGAUUAAAUUUAAGCGAUUUCAGAGGUUGGAAUGAAAUCCAUUCAUUUGAUCGUGGUAAAGCCUUCAUCCAGUGAACUGUUGAUUUGAGUUGAGAUUUAUGGCGAGAGUAGAUAUUUUAGAACUAUUAGAGACUCUACUCACUGAAAUCUUAUGCAUUUUUGUCAACUUUUAUUAACAAGAAUGAAUGAACUGCAAAUAAAUAUUGAAACAGGUA